CAUGGCAACGGCGCAUGAGCGAGUGACUGAGUGACCUCCUGCCCAGACUUGUUUUACAGUCGCUGAGAUGCGCUUACCGAUAUUUCAAAGAUUUGGCAACAGUUUUUAGAUCAAGGUAGCCUAAACAAAGCAAAGAUGAUGAAGAGAGCACAACAGGACUCUACACCCUCUCAAGCGCACAGAGAAACCCAGAGCUCGUCUGGACAGAGGAUACUGUUCACAGGUCCAGACGGCAUUGGAGAUUUCCGUCCCAGGUUGGACUAUUUCCCCCGCAGCAUUGGAAUCGGACCGUUAUCUCCAGAUGCUACGAGUGAUCUCAACUACCUCUUCCGGCCUGCAUCGCACGCGACCCCGCCGUUACCGAGACACAGCUACGUCGGAGAAGUUGGCUGGGGUCUGCAGUACUCCACUUUACUCAAUAGACCAGCUGUCAUCAACAACAAACAAUAUGUGCUUGACAGAUUUCAAUCAGCCGUGCAGGACAGAAUGACUCAUAGCCCAUGGCAGAAUCAGUCCCAGUUUCAGGACAAACAACUGACCUGCGGGAAGCUUGCUUGGAACCACAGUGCACUUGAUACCUACAGCGACGACAACAAACAGUUCCCGCUUAACCAGUAAAGACAGUGAACGCAUACUGAGAAAGCACAACCAGACGGCUUUACUUCUUCACAGAUAUGGAUCAGCUCUGAAAUAUGACAUGAGGGAGAAUGAUUGUUGAAUGCUGGGUUUUGAUCAUUAACGUAUCCAUAUAACAUUUUGUCAGCUCUUAUAAAACCACAUUAAAUGCAUUUUUUGCUGUACUGA